AUGGCCACCGCCACAGCGCACGAACCCACCUCUUCGCCAAACCCACCAGAAGAAGAGAAGGAGCUUAAAUUCGGCGAGGCGUGGAAAGGCGCGGCCAAAGCCCCUCAGAGGCCGAGACUCGUUGACCAGACUAAUGGUGGAAGACGCAAGUCGUCAGUCCAGUUCCACACAGCAGAUGCAGAAGAUACCAUAAGAAGAGAAAGCGUCGUUCAAGGCUCACGAAUCUCCUUGCCUCAAAGAAAAAUGUCGUCCCCCCCCCCUCCCACUCACUACCAACGCGGCGUCUCCUUUGACACCAUCGACAACCGAGAUGCGUCUACUGAAGCUUUCACGUUGCAAUACAAGCAUUGCGAUUUCGCUGCCACUUCACGGACUCGCACUUUUCUGUGUGGGACUGAUGCGAAAGACUACUCUGAAUAUGCCUUGGAGUGGAUGAUGGACGAAUUGGUCGACGACGGCGAUGAGAUUGUCUGUCUUCGAGUCAUCGAGAAAGACUCCAAGACUGUCCAUGACACCCCGUAUGACCGAGAUAAAUAUCGCACAGAGGCAAAACGGUUGUUGGACAGUGUCAUGCUGAAAAACAGCUCAGAGGAGAAGGCAAUUAGCAUCAUUAUGGAAUUGGCUGUGGGUAAAGUGCAGGAAAUCUUCCAGCGCAUGAUUCAACUGUACGAACCUGCGGCGCUAGUUGUGGGAACGAGAGGACGAAACUUGGGCGGUAUGCAAGGCCUACUGCCGGGGUCGGUCUCUAAGUAUUGCCUGCAGCAAUCACCUGUUCCGGUCAUUGUCGUGCGGCCGAGCUCCAAACGACUGAAAAAGAAGAAGAAACGGCAAAUGGAGAGUGGCCGCAGUCUCUACAGCAGCAUGCUCGAGCGGGCCCAACACGCUGGAGGUAGCCACGUGUUUGAAAGCGCCAGCCAUAGUUCAAUAUCUAUGGAAGCUACACAGAAAGAGGCUGAUGCUGUUGCAAAGGCUAUUGGCCCUCCACGGCGGGGCAUAUUGAAAGGCACGUACGGCGGACCGCUUGCCCGAGUCACAUCGGUCAGAAGUGAUGUGACGUCUGAUGAUGAUUCACCGGAACGGAGCUUCGCCCUGCCCAUAGGAUAUUUGAGCACUGAAAGUGCCCCAAGAGCCGAUAUCGCCAUGAACAGUCCAAGCAUUGCCGCCUUGGUGGAGGACUGGGAUGACAAUGAGACUACGCCGACCGAACGUGCAAGAUCACCCAAUCCCCCUCCAAAGCGGUCCGAGCACCGCGAGAGUGACGCGGCAAUUUCUGAUACAGAAGACAUACGCCUACUAGUGCCCAGGAUUGUCGAAGAGCGUCGCCCGUCUGUCAGGGAGACGACGCCUUGGUUGGCAGACAUCCUCCGCGACAAACCACAAAGGCGGUCAUACAGCCACGGUCGAUCACCUUCCCGAUAA